ACUUCCACUUUUUGUGCCUGGAAGGCUCAGCAUAAAAAUUCAACUGGAAGGGUCCAGAGCUAUUUCAGCCUUGAAUUUGUCCCUUGCAUAUAGCUGGGCAUAGCUCUAAUCACAGGGUGCCGUCAGUGAGCCAGGCAACCAAAAGGCAGCUUGAGAUGAGACACGUUUUUUCAUGGAAUGCUAUUUCUUUAAGAUUCGAUUAUAUCCAUCAAGGACUAUUUCAGCCAUAAGGGUUUCCUCUAAAGGAGUGACCAUAAGGAUUUAAAGGACUAUGCUCUAAAGUGUUAACAAGGAUGGGAGUAGUGAGCAGCAAAAAACUUGCUAAGGAGAAAAGAAAGAAUUGGUGGACUUUUGAGAAGGAACCUCCGAUCACCUUCCCAAAUAAGCCUCCCCCACCUGUGCCUCCAUUGGUUGUCUUCAGUCACCUUACUACACCAACUCCUAUUAUAAAUCCUGAUCAAGAAAAGCACUAUGUGGUUGUCUUGUGGGAUUAUGAAGCUAUAAAUGAUCGAGACCUGAAGGUGGUAAGGGGAGAGAAGCUGCAAAUAUUGAUGAAAACUGGAGAUUGGUGGUUGGCCAAAUCACUUGUCACUGGAAGAGAAGGCUAUGUCCCUAGCAAUUUUGUUGCUAGAGUAGAGACUCUAGAAAUUGAAAAGUGGUUUUUCAAAACAAUUAGCCGGAGAGAUGCUGAGAGGAGACUCCUGGACCCUGUCAACAAGACUGGUGCAUUUCUUAUUAGAGAGAGUGAAACAAACAAAGGUGCCUUUUCCCUGUCUGUGAAGGACACCACCUCUGAAGGGGAUCUGAUCAAACAUUAUAAGAUCCGGUCCCUAGAUGAAGGAGGAUAUUAUAUCUCUCCCAGGAUCACCUUCCCUUCGCUACAGGAUUUGGUUCAACAUUAUUCUAAGAAAGAGGAUGGUUUAUGCCAGAGGCUGACUAUGCCCUGUGUGAUUCUGGCUCCUCAGACACAAUGGGCCCAGGAUGAAUGGGAAGUACCUCGGCAGUCACUGAAAUUGGUGAAGAAACUUGGUUCUGGACAGUUUGGAGAAGUCUGGAUGGGUUAUUAUAAAAAUAACAUAAAGGUGGCCAUCAAGACCCUGAAGGAGGGCAGCAUGUCUCCUGAGGCCUUCCUUGCUGAGGCCAAUCUGAUGAAAACCCUCCAGCAUGACAAACUUGUCCGUCUUUAUGCAGUGGUAACCCAGGAACCCAUCUAUAUUGUCACAGAGUACAUGGCCAAAGGGUCCUUAUUGGAUUUCCUAAAGACAGAAGAAGGUUGCAAGCUAUCAUUAUCAAGACUGAUUGACAUAAUGGCCCAAAUUGCAGAAGGGAUGGCUUACAUCGAGCAAAGGAAUUCAAUCCACCGAGACUUGAGGGCAGCCAAUGUCCUGGUGUCUGAGAAUCUGUGCUGCAAGAUUGCUGACUUUGGCUUGGCCAGGAUUGUGGAUAAUGAAUACACAGCCCAUGAAGGUGCCAAGUUCCCCAUCAAGUGGACGGCCCUAGAAGCCAUUAAUUUUGGAGUGUUCUCCAUCAAAUCUGAUGUCUGGUCCUUUGGAAUUCUCCUAAUGGAAAUCAUUACCUAUGGACGGAUUCCUUACCCAGGCAUGACCAACCCGGAGGUCAUUCGGCAUCUGGAACGAGGCUAUCGAAUGCCUUGCCCUGAUAUGUGCCCAGCUGAGCUCUACAGCAUCAUCAGCAAGUGUUGGCGCAGUAGGCCAGAGGAACGGCCCACCUUUGAAUAUUUACAGUCUGUACUUGAGGAUUUCUACACAGCCACAGAGCAACAAUAUGAGCUGCAGCCCUAGAAGAUGGCACCAAUCUACCCUCCAGCCUUUUAGCAGACGAGGAGGAUCCUCACUUGAGGCUCAACCCACUUCUCUUGACAAGCCCCCUAUUGCCUACAUAAUUCCUGUCCUCGACCCACAGGACAGAGGGAGUAGGAUCAAAAUAUUUAUAAAAAAGGAAUUGUUUCUCAGAUGAAUAAUUUUUCACAGAAGGGGAGGCAAAUGAAAGAAGACACCAACAUAAAAGAUUUAAGCUAAACCAUUACUGAAGGAAAAGUUGCCAGGUAAUUCCGAGGUACUGAGCAUACCAGAUAGGCAAUCAAUUAUCUCUGUGGUCUUUGAAAGAUCCCAAGAAGAACUGAGAUACCCUAGGCUUUCAUAUGGUACACAGUCUGGUUUGAUCUUGACCUUGAAUACUUGGAGUAUUUGUCCAACAAAUAUCAAUUCCUCAUAAUUGUAAUGUGAUCUUUUUCUUAAAAUGUAAUAUAUGUCACCUUUUUUGUAUUCUGUAAUAUAUGAGAAAGUAAAAGAAGAAUAUAUUUGAAUCUGAUGAAUUGAUUUGUUUUCUAUAAUUGGAAACUCUCAAACAACAUAAUAUUAUAAUGGGAGGGACUGGGAAUCAUUAAAGAAAUGCAGAUUCAAAUAUUAUUUAUUUCUAUUUGCUUCUUCGGUGAUCUUAAUAAUAAUAAAGUCACUUUA